AUGCUCUCUUUCAUGGACUCUACCUUGAUCACGAAAAGGCUACACAUCUCUGGCUUAACCCCCGCUAUAACAGCAGAUGAUAUCUCAAGACGGCUUUCAACCUUUGGCUCUGUAAAAUGCGUGGACGGUAUAGGCCUUUUGGAUGGCUUGGGUGCACCGAGAAAGUUCGGUUACAUCACAAUUGAAACGACUGCGGGAAAAUUGGCGAAAUGUAUGAAUUUGCUUAGUGGAUCUACAUGGAAAGGCGCAAAAUUACGGUUCGGAGAAGCCAAACCAGAUUUCGCGGAAAGAAUUGCGGCAGAGCAUGAAUCAGCUUCCAACGAACCGCCCAAAAAACGACGCAAGCGGCACGGCGGGGUACACGCCGACGACAUGUCCCUCGUUACUCCCGAAAACGCGGCUACGCGUCCCGGGUGGAAAGUCACGCCUCUCGGGCGAACCAUGCGUCCCGUUAAAAUGAGGCCUACGCAUCCGUUACCUCCUACUCAAGACGAAGUGAAAGGUGUGAAGAAAUUGAAAAGGCACGCGGACGAUGCUGUGUUGAAGAAGAAAAAGAAAAGGGUCAAGGAUCCGGAUACGAGGGCUAGGAGGAAGGCGAUUGAUAUGACGAAGUGGGGGAGCGAGCAUUUGAAGGGGAUGUUCUUGGAUUUAGAGGUCCAGCAGGGAGGGAAGAAAAUGGUUGUUGAUGUGUCCGAGGUCGUCGUGGAUUCGGGGGAUGAGAGUAGUGAAAGUGGAGAGGAGGAGGAGGAGGAGGAGGAGGAGGAGGAGGAGGAGGAGGAGGAGGAGGAGAAAGCGCAUCCAUCCGUGUCUAUCUCAAGCGCACAAUCCACGGCCCGUUCACCACCAACUUCAAUUCCCGUCGAACCCUUUCCUGCUAUGGUUACAUCGACCUCCGAAGCUCCUCGACCUGUGGAAGCUGCAAGCUCUGUUCCUGAAAAUAAUACCAAUGUCGCCCUCGAAACGUCCCAAUCCCUCAAUCUCCUCGCAUCCUUGUUCGGCGGGAAAGACGAGGACGAGGACUGGGUAGGCAGGGAAAGUGUCGGGUCUGACAUUGACGAAGAUGAAUUGGUAAAAGGGGACAAGAUGUUGGUGGAUGCCGAUGAAGAGGGGCUCAAUGACUUUGAGGUCGUGCCAAUUUCAAAGUCCAUGGAAUCAAUAUCGAUACGAAACGACGAGGAAGUAGAGAAAGUUGCGCAGCCCAAAGCUACACAAAACAUCGUACCCCAGCCGAAGAAACCGACCCAGCGGACUAAACUAAAGGAUCUAUUCGCUCCUAGAGAUGAAGAGGCCGGCUUUUCCCUCCUAGGCCACCUAGACCUCGACCUGGAGCUAGACGAAGAAGUUCCCUUCAUCUUAGAACAACCAAUGCUCCCUACCGAAUCCACUACGCAACCGACAGAACACUACCAACCCACAUUAUCCUCCUCGCAUACAAAACGUCCAGCAACGUUCUUAGACCCAAAGCAGGUGUUGUUUUUCCCAUUUCCUUCCUCCUCCUCCUCCUCCAUCACGAAGGCCCGCCCAAGGGAUCCGUUGGAGUUUAGUAAGGAGCAGGGGUGUUAUUGGCGUGAUCCUGCUGUUGCUUUUUAUCGGACGAAUACAGAUGAAGAAAUUAGAAAAAGAUGGGAGGAGGAGAGGGGCGAGCUGACGAGGGGCUGGAAGAAAAGAUCUAGAGAAGCUGGGAAGAUUCGAAGGAGGAGGAGGGGUGGGAUUGAGGAUGGGUUGGAAUGA